AUGUCACAAAUUAAAACUCAACUGAAUGAACUGACCGCAGGUAUGAAAACCUGCAACAGCAGACUGGAUAGCUUUGAUGACAGAAUCACCCAGUCUGAAAACAAAGUCAUCGCAUUAGAGACUCAAACCACUAAGCAGAUACUGGAACUAAAUGACACCAUCUCCCAACUUCGCGACCAGUUAAAUGCACAGGCCCAGGUAGCCAUGAGCAAUGAGAUAGAAAUCAUGGGUAUUGCUGAACCAAAAUCCGAAAACGUCAAGCACACUGUACUUCUGACAGCAGCAAAGAUUGGCGUGGACCUAAAAGAAGACGACUUUGACUGGGUUACUCGCACCGGUAUCGGUCAUAAAAGCGCAGCUGGGGACUUUAGUGCAAAAAUGCCACGCCCGAUUAUAGUACGACUCUUGAGGCGAAACAAAAGAGAUGAGCUUAUCAAAGCUGCUAAAACUAGAAAGCACUUAGAUAGCAAAGACAUUGUCCCUGAAGGCCCUACAGGAAGAGUCUUCAUCAACGAACACCUCACAAAACAGAACCGGCAGCUUUUUCGUGAAGCGAGAACUAAGGCCCAAGGUAAAGGCUUUAAGUUUUGCUGGAUUCGCAACGGCCAAAUUCUUCUUCGUAAAAAGGAGGGCAUGGCAGCUAUACGUAUCCAGAACAUGGCCAACAUCCACGACCACCUUGGACCGGACAUACCCGAGCCCAGCCCUGACGUCGGGCCUGCACCAAGCACUUCGCCAAGAUCUAGUACCGUACAGUAUUAA